AUGGCCACCAUCGGCAGAGGCCACCGCGGCGGCGCAGUCCCGCAGCCGGGGCUUAUCUACUCUCCAUCGCACACGGUGCAGCGCUGGUCGGUGGUGCCAGCAGAGCCCAUCAUCGCUGAGCCCAUCACUGAGCCCACCACUGAGCCCACCAUCACUAAGCCCAUCAUUGAGCCCAUCAUCACUAAGCCCAUCACUGAGCCCAUCAUCGAGCCCAUCGCUGAGCCCGUCAUCACUAAGCCCAUCGCUGAGCCCGUCACUGAGCCACCAGCUCCCCGAGACGCUGGAAAAGCACACACAGGUAUAGAUCACCAAAAUAUCUUGAAACUACAAGCCAAGGGGGUUCGGUCCAAGCAGGCCAUGAGCAUCCCGGUCCCGGUCCUGCUCACCUUCCUGGUGCUGUCAGCCUGCCAGGGCCACAUGGCGGCCCUGCUCCCCACCUCCACGCUCCUGAAGGAGAGCAUCCGGCUGCUGGGCGAGCUCCUGGACACCAAGGUUUCCUGUGACAAGAUGAACGUGACAAAUAUUUUUGCAGGCGAUAAGCAAGGCGACGCUAUGGAGAUGCUAUGCAAAGCCAGCACGGUCGCUUUGGAGGGCCGGAGCUGCCACAAGCAGCUGGAGGGCAUCCACCUCAACCUGCUCAGCCUGGUCCGAAGGGAAAGCGCAGUCUACAGGGCCCCGUGUCCCGUGGCAGCAGGAAACACUACCUCCCUGAAUCAGUUCCAAGAGGAUUUACACAGACUCCUCCGGCAAUUAGUAAAAGACCAGAGUUUGAAGUGA